GUACUAUUACUACUACACGCUGUUCAGAGUUACGUGUCUUUUCAUGUAAAAAUGGCCUUUAAAAUAUUUCCCAGACUCACUGCGCUGUCUCUCAGAGUGAACUCAUAUCCGACCGCCUUCAGUUCGUUGAGCUCCAGCUGCAGUUUAACGGUGGAACAUGACCGACAGAACCGGCGCUUCACCGUCACUCCGGGCAGCGGGGCUGGGUCCCAUGACUGUGCGGUGCUGCGCUACAGAUUCACCGGGGAGAAGGAGGUGGAUCUAAUGUCAACCUAUGUACCAGAGACCUUCAGGGGCCAAGGUGUUGCUGCACUGCUGUCACAGGCUGCCAUGGACUUCCUGGUUGAAGAAAACCUCAAGGCUCAUAUCUCCUGUUGGUAUAUAAAGAAAUAUAUUGAAGACCACCCACGACAGCAUUAUAAAGAACUUGUUGUCACUUGACUGCAGCCUGUUUGUCCAGUGCAGCCUGGGACAGAACGUCAAAUCAACUACAACCUCAAAGACCUUAAUGGACAGAACUGUAAAGCUACUUGAUCUGCACAAUGUGCAGCAACAUGGUCAUGAAUAUUGAUUAUAUUACUGUGGAUUUGUCUAAAAUCUCACAUAGAAAUGCCUGAUCAAACCCAUUAAAGUUACUCACAGUAUAAUCCAUAUUAUGUGGGAAAUAGGAGUAAAGCUCUUCAAACUGCAUGAUAUUGAUUUUAUUUUGUCAACUUGAAACUCUUAAAUUGAUCCUUUUGUAUCAGAUUGCACUUUUUUAAUCUUGUGUCUGUAA